AUAACCUGAAAUCGGGCACGAAAGGUACUACGAAGAAGUGGUGCUUUUUUGAUGUUGGUUUUUGUUGGAGGUUGUGCCAGUCUUGGUCAGCUGAGCAGCAGCCAUGGCUUGGCAACCCGAGGAAGGGGCCCUUGUUCAGAUAAUGCAACUUCUGAGGGAAAGCCAGUCGCCCAAUACUGAAGUGCAGAGAGCAAUUCACGAGAAAUUGAAAAGUCUGAACCAGUAUCCCGACUUCAACAAUUAUCUUAUGUACAUUCUGGCAAAGUUGCCAGAGGAAGCCGUGGCCACGCGCGCAUUAGCUGGUCUCAUCCUUAAAAAUAACAUCAAGCAGUACUAUGGAGACCUUCCAGAAGAAGUCAAGCAUUAUGCACGGGUCUGCUGUUUGGAGUCUCUUGGUGACGCUGCUCCUCUGGUGCGCACCACGGUUGGUAUCCUUCUUUCCACGAUCGUGAAGAAGAUGACUGAGGAUGGGGAAUUGGCGCAGCCGGAGAUGCUUGCUGCACUUAUGUCAUGCCUUGACAGCCCUGAUUAUAAUGUCUGCGAGGGAGCGUUUGGAGCCUUGAGAAAAAUCUGCGAGGACUUGUCAGAUGAGCUGAACAGUGACGUGGUGAACCGGCCGCUGAAUGUUCUUAUUCCCAAGUUCUUGUGCUUCUUCAAGCACUCUGUUCCCCGAAUUCGAUCACAUGCCAUUGCAUGUGUGAAUCACUUUGUUCACAUUCGCAGUCAGGCGCUCAUGGUACACAUGGACACGUUCAUCAAGGAGUUAUUCCAGCUCGCCGGUGACAAAGACAACGAAGUCCGGAUGAAUGUUUGCCGUGCGCUAGUUAUGCUCCUUGACGUACGGUUCGAUCGGCUUGCCCCGCACAUGACCGACAUUCUCGAGUACAUGCUUUUGCGGACACAAGAUGAGAACGAAGAAGUAGCGAAAGAAGCUUGCGAGUUCUGGCUGACCCUCGCAGAGAUGGCAGUGUGUCCUGAAGUUCUUCCCAAUCAUUUGGACCGUCUCAUCCCAGUCCUCGCAUCGCGUAUGCGGUACUCAGAUAUGGAACUCAUUACCCUCAAGGCAGAUGAAGAUGACCAGGCAGUGCCAGAUCGAGAAGAAGACAUUGCCCCGCGUUUUCACCGAUCUCGAACGUAUGGAGGCAACCACAGUGCACAGGCAAAGCAUGGCGAAGAAGAAGGCCAGGAAGACGAGGAUGAGGAUGAUGCAGAUGAUGAGGAAGAUGGCUGGCCUGACCAGACCGUCACUAUCUGGACGUUACGAAAAUGCUCGGCGGCGGCAUUGGACCUGCUGGCCAACGUAUUCAAGGAGAAAUUACUGGCGUUUGUGCUUCCGAUCCUCAAAUACACGCUGUUCAGCGCCGAUUGGCUGUACAAGGAGUCGGGCAUUCUUAUUCUUGGUGCCAUUGCAGAAGGUUGUGCGCAAGGAAUGCAGCCGCAUCUUCCCAGCCUCAUUCCGUACCUCAUUCAGUGUCUAUCUGAACAGCGCGCAUUAGUCAGAUCGAUCACAUGCUGGACGUUGAGUCGGUACUCCCACUGGAUACUGGAGCAGCGACACGAAGAAUACUUGCAGCCACUCAUGCAAGGCCUUUUGGAAAGAAUCCUCGACAGCAACAAGAAAGUUCAGGAAGCAGCAUGCAGUGCAUUUGCACAGGUGGAAGAGGAGGCCUGCACAGAGCUCGUGCCGUACCUUGUGCCCAUCCUGCAGACGCUAGUUCAUGCUUUUGGAAAGUAUCAGCACAAAAACCUGCUCAUUCUGUAUGACGCAGUGGGCACGUUGGCCGACUCUGUGGGCAAUCAUCUCAACAAAGAUGAGUACAUCCAGCUGCUGAUGCCACCGCUCAUCGAGAAGUGGAACACGCUGAAGGACGACGACAGAGAUCUCUUCCCGCUCCUCGAGUGCUUGUCGUCCUUGGCCACUGCGCUUCAGCUGGGAUUCUUGCCGUAUGCUGAGCCUAUUUUCAAGCGCUGUGUCAACCUGAUCGAGAAGACGCUUGCUCAAGCCAUGGCUGCGCAGACGAGUCCAGAGCAAUACGAGGUUCCGGACAAAGACUUCAUGAUUGUCGCUUUGGAUGUGCUGAGCGGUCUAGCUGAAGGCAUCGAGUCACAAAUCAGCCCGCUCAUUGCCAGUAGCAAUGUGCUGGAUCUGGUUUACCAGUGCAUGCAGGACCGGAUGCCCGAAGUCCGGCAAAGCUCUUUUGCUUUGCUAGGUGACCUCACGAAAGCUUGCUUUGAACACGUGGAGCCUUCUAUAGGUGUGUUCAUCCCUAUCCUUGGUUCUAAUCUCAUUCCCGAAUACAUCUCCGUGUGUAAUAAUGCGAUCUGGGCCAUUGGAGAGAUUGCUGUUAAGAUGGGUGCUGGUAUGGAGCCGUAUAUUGCCCUGAUUCUGGACCAGCUGAUCAACAUCAUGAACAGGAUCAAUGCACCCAAAACUCUCUUGGAAAACACAGCCAUCACCAUUGGUCGUCUCGGUAUGGCAUGUGCCACAACUGUUGCGCCGCACCUGGCACGCUUCAUCCGACCAUGGUGCACAUCACUACGGAAUAUCCGCGACAACGCUGAGAAGGAAUCUGCGUUCGUGGGUAUCUGUCUGGUAAUCAAUUCCAAUCCCGUGGGCAUUGCUCAGAAUUUCGUGUUCUUCUGUGACGCAGUGGCCUCAUGGACAUCACCGCCACUUGCACUGCAAGAGAUGUUCCAAAGGAUCCUCCACGGUUUCAAGAAUGAAAUUGGUGAAGCUGAGUGGGUCAUGGUAUCCAGUCAAUUCCCAACGCUGCUGCUCGACCGUCUUAAUGCCGUCUACGGCCUCUAAGUUCCAUUAUUUUUCUAGUUAGGAAUAUAGACAGUUAGUUGCAUCCGUUGGAGCAUCAUCAUCAUCAUCCUCAUCCUCAUCUGUUUUUUCACACUACAAGGAGCAUGGGAAUGCAUGAAUACACCGUCUGUCCGUCUGCUAUCACACAAUCCGGCGAUAUGCUGCUGGCCUUAGGCUUGCUGCUGAUGCUGUUCUCCGGACUCCAAGUUGUUAGUAUAUCGCCACUGCCACCAUAGCUGGAGGCUACUGACAUGCACCGUGGUGGUGGUGGUAGUGACACUGGAAGUUGGCACGUAGCUUUGCCAUCCCUCUGCCUUACUCUACGAUUUCUCUACGCGCUGCACCAGACAUUGCGCAGGAGCUCUGCUGUGGACAAUGGUUGCAGGGGUUGGUUAUCGUGGUCGCUAUAGUUGUGGCCCUAGCCUGGUACUACCCACAAGAGAACUUUCUUAGUUCAGCAUUUGUGUCACCUGGUGGUCAUGAUCAAUGGCGUUUACCUUAUCCAGGAUUUUGUUCGUAUCAACCACCACCGCCGCCAGCAGCACCAGCAACACUAAGUUCUUGAUGGUACAGUUGUAGUAGUGCAAGUGCAACAUGAUAAGACACUUUCUGUAUCUAUCCAUGUUAUUGUGUGCGGCCGCUGCUGCUCCUCCUCAAGUCAAGUCUAGCCCAAGCGAAGUGAACAAACGUUGCUAGAUCCAAGCUGCCCUUUAGUCACAACAUGGCACGCGAGGUCGUGACGGCUGAAAUUGAUUUGAGCUUGAAUGACGUUUUCCUCAUUUCUUUUUGCCUCCCAUUAGCAGUGGUGAGUAGUGGCAGUACCUGCUUUGCUUUGCUUUGCUUUGCUUUGCUUUGUUGUAAGUGCGUAUGGUAUCAUCCUUGGCAGCUCCUUGUGCCAUCUGGUAACGUUGGCUAGAUCUUCUCCUCUCUCCCAUCAUGUAUGAUUGUAUACACGCAGGCAACCAUUCUUGGUCUCUAUCUCUAUCUCUUGUUUGUCCCAGUCGCUGUCCUUGCUUUUGUCCUCUAUCUCUAUGAUAGUCUACUAAACACACCAAUACACUCGCAUAUCCACAGCAACCGUAGUAGCAGCAGCAUUUAUACUCUAGCUGUUGCCGCUUGCAAUGAUUUCAUUCUCUCUUAUUAUGUUUAUUUCUUUAUCAGUUCAGUAUGUUUCUCUCUUAUUUCUUCUGUUUGUUUUUGAUUGUUUUUGAGAAGCCUGCGAUGUAGAGAGCUGAGGGGUUAGACAGGAAUAGCCUUGCAGAAAUAUUGCGUAUCUGGUGGAUUCAUUUUUGAUUAUUCAAGUUUAGGUUUUACAGUCUUUUUUUCUUUUCUCUUAUUCUUCGGUCCUGUGUAGGCCAUCGAAAUCAAAAUACAACCCCCAUGUAACCCCUCCGUAUUUUAUUUUAUAAUUUCGCAGUUUUUAUUUAUUUUUGCUUUUAUCAAGCUGGUCUAUGCUUUCCUUCCCUCUCCUGAAGUCUGGUUAUGAUUUUGUUGCCGUUGGUGCGUCGCACUAAGGGUAGCAUCUCCUCUGUGACUUUUACUAGUUGCUUGCUUCAACGUUGCCCUGUAGUUGCAGUAAUGUUCUAUGUUUCUGCGUAGAGUCUUUCCUUUCCUGUCCGUCUUGUCAACUUUUUGACUUUGGUGCUGUUUGUGGUGCAGUUGCUCAUGCAGAAAAGCCACUUGCUUACUUGCACACGCGCACAUGUGCUGCCAUUCAACUUGGCCAGUUGAACAUUAUGCUCCACAGUGCCAGUGCUCCGUGCUAUACUGUAUCGGUGCUCUGCUUUUGUAACUUGCAUCAGUGGUAUGUUGGCAGUGCACUUUUUUUCUUUGCUGCAAUCUUGUUCUUCUUGAUUCGUUGCCUGACUAGGCAUCAUUGGUUAUAGUUGAUUUAACAAUUGCACUCGUGACAACUUCGGUCUCAAUCUAGUUGUCUCUAUGUCUUCCUCUUCUGUGGUGAUGAGUACGAUGCUUUGAAUACAAUUACGAAACCAA